AUGGAACUCGAGGAGACCAGCCAAGUUCAUGCAUCUGGCUCAGCACUGCACACAAGCAGAAGAUCAUUAAGUGCAGAUCACCAAGAGGCUGUUCGUUACGAGCCUUUCCGCCGACAAGGAGCUUACUCUGGGUUGUCUGGCGGAGAUAGAGAUGACGAAGAAGAUCAAGGAAAAGAACAAAGCAAGCUACAAACCUUGGUAUAUAAGUUCACCAAGUCCAUUCUACUUCGACGGCUACUUCUAUAUUACUUCCCACCAACGCUUCUACUUUUAAUUCCUAUCGUUAUCACCGCAACCGUAGCAAAAAACGCCUACAUUGGAGACGAUGUCCGCGUUGUUGGCCUUUUCGUCUGGCUCGAGGUUAUCUGGGCUAUCUUCUGGGGCUCAUGGGGACUUGCGUUUGUGCUCCCUUUCGUGUUUCAGUAUUUCGCUGGCUUUUUUACUCCGGUCGCAAAGGACUAUACCGAUAUUCUUAAAGCUGUCAUCUUACCUAUGACUGCUUUCUAUUUUGCCUUGUUUAGCCGCGCAGCCACUCCAUUGUUGUGUGUCUUUGAUGAGGUGAAACCGGGGCGUUGUGAUGAUGAUUGGAUUAUGAUAAUUCGGAGAUUUCUCCUCGCCACAAUUGCUUGCACGGGGCUGUUCUUCGUGCAGAAAGUUCUCAUUCACUUGCUCACAGUCAACUAUCGUAAACGACAAUUCAAAGUUCGGGUUGAGGAAAGCAAAAGGACUACGCACAUUUUGGCACAGAUGUACGAAGCAUCUGUCAGGUUAUAUCCUGCGUUUUGUGCACGGUUUGCCCCGGAAGAUGACAAAAUUCACCGAUCCCAGACAUUACGGGCAGCAGUAGAAGGUGGAUUGCAGCAACCUCAUCUGCGUAAGAGAGUGAACAAAUUCUAUGGAGCUGAUGCAAUGGCAGAGACGAAAGCCAGGCUCCAGGGAAAAGAAGUGCUCAAGGUCGGCUCUCCACGCUCCGUUGUUAUGAAAGCACUUGAAAACGAACAAGCCUCUGAAGCUUUGGCUCGUCGCCUAUGGUUCUCAUUCUCUAUGGAAUCAGAUGCUGUCACCGAAGAUGACAUUACACGCAUCUUAGGACCAGGUCGGGAGGAAGACGCCCUAGACAUAUUCCAUGCUUUAGACAACGAUGAGAAUGGAGAUAUCAGCCUUGAGGAAAUGAUAUUUCUGUUCACACAGUUCAGCAGAGAUAGAAAAGACAUCGAAAGAAGUAUGCACGACAUCGGUCAGGCAAUAAAGAGUUUGGACAGGAUACUCGAAGUAUUCCUGUUCUUUGUUUCUAUCCUCCUCUAUAUUGCUUUCUUCAACGUCGGAGUUACUUCAACCUUAGCGACACUGUGGGCCAGUGUUGCCGCCGUAUCCUUUGCAAUCGCGACUACCGUGCAGGAAUUCCUCGGGUCCCUGGUAUUCUUAUUCAUUAAGCACCCAUACGACGUUGGCGAUCGUGUCGAUAUUAAUGGAUCGGAACUGAUCGUUGAGCAUAUCUCAUUGCUCUUCACGGUAUUCCGUCAAGUGAGCACAGGGGGUAUCGUCCAAAUCCCCAACAUUGUCAAUAACCUUCAAUGGAUCAAGAACGUCUCUCGUAGUAAAGCAAUGAAGGAACGGUACAACUUCGCCAUCAGCCCGAAGACAAAGUGGUUUCAGCUUGAGAAACUCAAGUCUGAACUUCGGAGGUUUGUGCUGGAACCACAAAAUAAACGGGAUUAUCAACCAAAUAUCGAUGUUGAGCUCAUCUCAAUUGGAGAUAUGGAGAAACUGCAUUUACGCGUUGAAAUUUGUCAAAAGUCCAAUUUCUCCGAUGAAGCUCUUCGUGCUUCUAGACGCUCAAAAUUCAUGUGUGCACUGUUCACCGCUUUGAAGAAACAUUCGAUAAAGAAGCCAUGGGGAGGUAAACCACCCGAUGCUGGGUCUUGGGAAAAUCCGGCGUUUUCUGUCACAGUGACGGGAGACGACGCCGCCAGGGCUCGUGCAGAGUGGGAGGCCCGGGAAGAAGCAGAUCGUGUGAAAAAGAUGGAGAAACUUUGGUGGAACGGAUUAGGAAAAGAAGAGAAGAGCAAGUGA